AUGGGACGGCAAAGCGGCAGAUAUGAGAUGGCGACGGAAUUGACUAUGAGGGGAGGAGAAGGCCAGAAGCGAGUUCGUAGUGAUGCCAUUUGCAGUUUUGUCAUCUGCAAUGACCCCUCUCUUCAGCGACAUCAGAUCAUCUUCAAUCCGGACUUCUUUGUGGAGAAGCUGCGACAUGAGAAGCCUGAGGCUUUCACAGAGCUUGUGGUCAGCAACAUUACACGACUGAUAGACCUGCCUGGAGCAGAGCUAGCCCAGCUGAUGGGAGAGGAGGACCCACAAUUGCCUGGUGGGGCCGGCACAUCCUCAGGGUUUUUCCGUUCCUUGAUGUCUCUGAAACGCAAACAAAAAGGGCUAGUGUUUGGUGCUCCACUGACUGAAGAGGGCAUUGCUCAAAUAUCUCAACUGAUUGAGUAUUUGCAUAAGAAUCUUCGAGUAGAAGGCUUGUUCCGAGUGCCAGGAAACAGCACCAGGCAACAGAACCUGAAAGAAGCCUUGAACAGUGGGACAGAGAUUGACUUGGAUUCAGGAGAGUUUCACUCCAAUGAUGUGGCUACUCUGCUGAAAAUGUUUCUGGGUGAAUUACCAGAGCCUCUGUUGACCCAUAAACAUUUCCAUGCACACCUCAAAAUUUCAGAGCUGAUGCUGUUUGAUGGCAAGGGUAACAAGACCAACAUUCCAGAUAAAGAACGUCAGAUUGAAGCACUGCAGCUUCUCUUCCUGAUCCUGCCAGCCCCCAACCGCAAUCUGCUCAAGUUGCUCUUGGAUCUCCUUUAUCAGACAGCCAAGAAACAGGACAAGAACAAGAUGUCAGCCCAUAAUCUUUCUCUUAUGUUCGCACCUCAUAUUUUGUGGCCUCGAAAUGUGACUGCUAGCGACCUGCAGGAGAACAUUUCUAAACUGAAUAAUGGGAUGGCUUUCAUGAUCAAGCACUCACAAAAGCUCUUCAAGGCUCCGGCAUACAUCCGGGAAUAUGCCAGACUGCAUUACCUGGACUCCAGAGUACAUGCCUCAAAGGAUGACCUGGAUUUGCCAGUGCCAAGAGAUUUCAAAGAUAUUCAGCUUCUAAAAUUUAAGAAGCGAGGAUUGUUGGACCCCUCUGCCCACCAGGAAGACGCACAACAGCAUACGGAGAAAGCAUUGAAAGAACUUUUCCAGCAUGUUCAUAACAUGCCAGACUCUGCCAAGAAAAAGAAAUUCAUUCAACAGUUUCAGAAACACCCUGCAGCUUUCACUCCUCAGAGAGGUACACCCACGCCUCAGACUCAGAAGCGCACCCGCACUCAUUCUUUCAGUGGCCUAAUCAAGCGUAAAGUACUGGGAAGUCAAGUGUCUUUGGACAAAAAAGAGAAGGAUGUUUUGGAGUCUGCAGGCAAUAAAGAUUCAAAGCAGGGUAGCAAGGAAAAUGUCAGCAUGUUACAGAAUCCUGCUUCCUCUCCAGCAAUCAAUGUGAUUCGAGCAAAGCUGAAGUCCCUUGAGUACAGGAAAGAGGGCUAUUGUAAACAUACUCAGUUUCGUGGGACCCCAACAGAAGAAUCUUCCAUUUGAACACCCAUGAGAUGAUGUAUAAGAGCUGCAAAGACUUGGAAACCUGUGGAUAAUGCCUGCUUUCCCCACAUCAAGCUGUGAGCAGUGCCAGGACUCCUUGACCCCUCUAACUUCACUUACUGGAGCCUGGCUUACAAUAGUGUGUCUGCCCAAAUAACACAUGCUUUCUUUCAUGUGAACAUAGGAAACCAUG